UAAAUACUCUUUUAACUUUCAGUAGGUAGUUGAGAAAUUCAGUUUUCUAUAAAUUCCCGCAUUUGAGAAAUCAUUAGAACAAAGAAAGAAAGAAAAAUCUCUUUCAAAUCUCAAAAAACUAAAAAUGGAGGUCCUAAGAGUACAAACAAUAGCUCAUCAAUCCAAAGAGACACCAAUCCCCUCCAUGUUCGUCAGAGCAGAAACCGAACAACCAGGAACAACAACCGUCCACGGUGUCAAACUGGAGGUGCCGAUAAUCGAUUUCAGCAAUCCAGACAAAGAAAUAUUACAAAACGAGAUAAUGGAAGCGAGUAAAGAGUGGGGAAUGUUUCAAAUCGUGAACCAUGAAAUUCCAAAUGAUGUUAUAAAGAAACUACAAAGUGUUGGUAGAGAGUUUUUUGAGUUACCGCAAGAAGAAAAAGAGGUCAUUGCUAAACCUGUUGGGUCAAAUUCAAUAGAAGGAUAUGGCACAAAUCUUCAGAAAGAGAUGAAUGGGAAGAAAGGUUGGGUGGAUCAUUUGUUUCAUAUUAUUUGGCCACCUUCUUCUGUUAAUUAUCGUGUUUGGCCUAACAAACCUGCUUCUUACAGGGAAGUAAAUGAGGAAUAUGGGAAAUAUCUACGUGGAGUGACAGACAAACUAUUCAAAAGCUUAUCAAUUGGGCUUGGGCUUGAAGAACAUGAACUUAAGGAAGCUGCAGGUGGAGAUAACAUGAUUUACCUUUUGAAAAUAAACUACUACCCACCUUGUCCAAGUCCUGAUCUUGUCUUAGGUGUGCCACCACACACUGACAUGUCUCAUGUGACCAUUCUUGUGCCUAAUGAAGUGCAAGGCCUUCAAGCCUCUAGAGAUGGUCAAUGGUAUGAUGUUAAGUAUGUCCCCAAUGCUCUUGUCAUUCACAUUGGUGACCAAAUGGAGAUACUAAGCAAUGGGAAAUAUAAGGCCGUGUAUCAUAGAACAACAGUGAACAAAGAUGAGACAAGAAUGUCUUGGCCAGUUUUCAUUGAGCCUCAAGGAGAGUUUGAAGUUGGUCCUCACCCAAAGUUGAUUAACAAAGACAAUCCACCAAAGUUCAAGACCAAAAAAUAUAAGGAUUAUGCUUAUUGUAAGCUUAAUAAGAUCCCUCAGUAAUGGAAGAAGGCUUUGCAGCAUAAUAAUUUAGUGGACAUUUCAUGUCACACUAGGAAUAUAUUGUUGAUUAGUUUUAACAAAUUGUCAUGUGGCAUGUAUGAAAAACAUAAAAUAUGUAAGCUAAUGUUGGAGGUUGCUUAUGCUAUGUUUUUAGUUAUUAUAAAUUUCACUAGUCAUUUUUUUUAUCUUGAAAGCAAAGAAGUUUUGUAUUGGGAAAAGAGAUAAACAAUCACCAUAUGUUUGAUCGUCUAUUAUUCAAAUACUAUCGUUAAUAUUCAAGUCAA